ACCUCAAACUACAGGCCAAGCCUAUUCUCAGGGUGGAUGAUCCCGGGUGCGAGGGCCCUAAAGAUUACUCAAGACACAGAAGUACCGGAUGUCCCCCAUUUCAACUAACAGUCAUCUUUGGAAGUUCUUGUUAUCUUAGCAAGGAGACGAGAGACAAUGGCGGUGACCAAUCAGCCGACGACCAAUCAGCAGCUUCUCGUGGCAGUGGAAGGACACAGAGACUGGUCCACCGGCCUUUGCGGCUGCUGCUCAGACUGCACAUCCCUUCUGUGCACCUACUUCUGCUUGCCGUGCAUGAUGUGUCGUCUGUCCACGCGCAUGAACGAGUGCCCACUCAUGCCUUGCUGCGUGCCUUUCGCCAUCGUUGCCAUGAGAACCAAAGUGAGGACGAUGGGUGGCAUCCGGGGCAGCAUCUGCGGUGACUGCGUGGCUACCUCCUGCUGCUGCCCUCUGGCCGUGUGUCAGAUGUCGCGAGAAAUGGACAACAUGGGCCUGUAGUCACGUGACGUUCACCUACAACGUCGAUUGGCCAGAAGCGCUGACGUCACUGAACCUACCGGAAAUGGCUGGCUACCAAGAUGGAAGAAGAAGAAAGGUUGUCACUGGACUGACACUGCUGUGAACAACGUUUUUAGGAGAACUUUUUGCUCGACGCGUUAGUUUUCUCACUUUUACAGAAGAACUUUUUCUUGAAGAAUGUAUGAAUUCUGUUCCCUAAAUUAACAUCUUAUCCUCUUCACUCUCUUUUUUUUUUUUGAUGAAAGAAUUAACCCUGGAAUAUAAUCUUUUCUAAUAGAUUACUUUCAAUGACAACCGGUGACAUUUCUUUCUCAUUUUCUCUGACAACAGA